CGGGAAGCUGCCUGGGGGCGGCGGAGUGAGCUGGGACCAGCCGGGGGCCUGGCGGGGGAUCGCAGAGCGCCAGCGCCCCGCAGACGCAGGCGCGCAGGCUUGCUAGUGCAUGGGGUGCCGGGCGUGCCCUCCGCGGUGGUGGGAUUACCGUUAUUGUAAAAGAUGCGUUUGGACCCGGGAUUCUGCGUAACGCCCGGUUCAGUUUCUUUAUGCACCUCAUUUUUGCUCCUGCUCUACAGUCUCCCUUCAAAAAAGUUAUUCAGGAAUAUCGAAAGUCAUGUGCUCUCCCUUUAUUAAAGUUGCCUUAUUGCAGUCAGUCCUUUAACAGGGCAAGUGGUUGGCGGCCCUUUCUCUAAUUGAGACUUUCUGAAUGUUUCCCACUUUGGGGAGAAACCGAAUGCAAGCCAGAUGCUCAAACAAAGACCCCGAUCCCCACCGUGCUCAAACAAAGGAAUUUUCUGAUCCUUCAGGAACAUACAGGAGCAGUUUGCUAUAAUCACUUACACUAACUUAAUGCCCGAAGUUUACCAAGCAAAGUUAGUUUUCCCUCCUUGAAAGGAAAAAAAAAAAAAAGUACCUGCUACCAUCCAAACUUCUAAUUAGCUAAGACUACAAAGAUGCGGUGUUUACGAGAAACUGUUGUCGAAAUAGCUUAAUAAAUUGACAUAAUUAGGGUAAUCAUUUUCCGUACUUUUCAUUAAUGUAAUUAUUUAUACACAUUUUUAAGCCAAAAAUAGCUUGAGGCAGCUGACAAUGAAAAGUAUACAACAAUGUAUGCAAAGACCAAGAGCCAAUACCGCGUAAUUCUUAAUUAAAAAAUCUUUGUUACAGAGCUCUUCAAAGUAGGGCAGCUUUAAAUCCCACUAAUUCACAUUAAAUAAUGCAUCUUACACGAUGAAAAUGGAUCAACACCCUUCUUUUUAGGAACACAUGUAUUAAAUAAAAUAAUGUAGGCCUGAAAUAAAGGUCCACUUAGGGAGGAAGCUUCACAAUUUUCAUUAAAAAAAAUACAUUAAUAGAGAGCGUUUCUCAGCCUUUUAGCUAAUGGAAGAAGUAUCUAAAAUUUUGGCUUAUGACAUUUAGAGAACAUCUCUGAUUUACCAGUUCAUUAGCUGUGGGUCCAGUACAUUUUUUACAGCCCAUGUGUAACAUUUUUCCAAGUUUUUUCACACUUAACCCUUUAUUCCCUGAGGUAUCCAUCCUUUACAGUUUGGAAGCAUUUUUACUUCAACUAAGCCUUCAGCCUGGUGACUAUAGACUAAUUUUUCUAACUGUCUAGAUUUGUUUAUAAAUAGAUUAAUAUAUGGCAGUAAAUUAAUAUUUCAACAGAGAUGGACAGGUAACAGAUGAACUGUAGUUUCCUUGAUACCUCAGUUGUCAAGGCUAAUUAUUUGUUUUAAUUAUUAUAUUCUGCUUUGAUUAAAGUUACUGGUGGAUAAAAAUGUUUUUAGUGUUUUCACAUAAGUCUGUGUGGAUUUGACAUUAGGGUGAAUUUCUCACCUAAGAUCCAGCCAGGCUCAAUCUACACAUAUUUGUUUGUAACUCUGCUAGAUUAAUCCAACUAAAGCGAUUAGACUUGACCAUGGAAGGACAAAUAGAGCUUUCUGUGAUUUUCUGAGAACACUGCCUGGUUCUUUGACAUUUAGCCUGCCUGAUAUUUUGUAUGUGCACAAGCACAAGUGUAAAAUAAUAAAACUAACUUUUGUGGGUGGUUUAUAGGAUGAUUCUCAAUGUUAUAAUCAUACAUUGUAUGUAUACACCCAUAUUUACACAAAGUAUUCAUCCAGGUUCUGAUCUCUUCCUUUAUUCUCUAUAUUGGUAUUCAGGGAGAUCACAUUGAGGAAUAUGGGUUUUAAUCUGAUAAGUUAUUAGAAGAAUAAAACUUCUUCAGAGAACAUCAAGUGCAGAGCACUGCUGAUGGUUCUUGAGAACUCAGAAGCCACACUGCAGUGUUUCCACCUGAGAACCUGGGCUGGCUAGAAACCCUGAGGCAAUGAUAGAGACAGCCCACCGCCUGAUUUGAAGGCGCUGCCUAGAGAAUGAGGAGCGACGAGCCGGCCGUGACUAUGGAAGAGACGGGCGGGCCGGACGCGGCUGCAGGCCGCCUGGGGGCGCCGUACUCCGAGGCCUGGGGGUACUUCCACCUGGCGCCGGCGCGCCCCGGCCACGCGUCGGGCCCCUGGGCCACCUGCCGGCUGUGCGGGGAGCAGGUGGGCCGCGGCCCGGGCUGGCACGCGGGCACCGCUGCGCUGUGGAAGCACUUGAGGAGCGCGCACCGGCGGGAGCUGGCGGAGAGCACCGCCCGCCGCUCGCCGCCCGCUGCCCCCGGCCCCGCCGCGGCCGCCGAGGGCGACUGGGCGCGCCUGCUGGAGCAGAUGGGCGCGUUGGCAGUGCGCGGCAGCCUGCGGGAGCGCGAGCUGGCGCGGCGCGAGGCGGCCGUGGAGCAGGGCGAGCGCGCCCUGGAGCGCAGGCGGCGGGCGCUGCAGGAGGAGGAGCGCGCGGCGGCCCAGGCGCGCCGGGAGCUGCAGGCCGAGAGGGAGGCGCUGCAGGCGCGGCUGCGGGAAGUGAGCCGCCGGGAGGGCGCCUUGGCCUUGGGCUCGGCCCUGCUGCACGCUCCGCUCAAAGAGGAACCCGAGGGAGACCCCAGGGACGGCUACGUCAUCACGAAGGUCUUCCUGUAGGUUUUAGCCGCUCCCACCCACCCACCCCCGGCCAGCCCUACUCAAAAAGUGUGGCCCGCGGACCGGCGUCUUCAGCCUCACCUAGGAGCGAGAUCUCAGGUCCGUUGCCGCUCUGCCGAAUCGAAAUCGCCAAAUGUGGGGUCUUGAGAAGCACUUCGGAGGCCAGGCAGAACCAAAAAUCACUCCGUGGUCCUCCGGGGUGCCUGGGAGCGCAAGCUCCAGCGGCCUCCAAUGCUGGUGGCGUUUAGUGGCAUCCGCGCAGGGGGUGGUUUUCCUCUGACUGCCUUUGGAAUGAGAGCUCCAACAGCCCUGUGAACCUAGAUCACCUGGAGCCAUGGCCAUAUUGUGCCUGGUGACUUUGAAAGGACAGGAGCUUCCUUACACACCAAAGACUAUCACACCAGGUGGCUGUACACCAGCCAGGGCAACCCAGGGUAGAGGGUGCAUGGAAAUGAUAAAGCAUUUUUACCCAAAAAAAGUUUUCCUCAUUUCCUAAUGAGUAAAUCAUUGAUGAGUAGUCUUUGCCCAGCGCCAAUUUCUGAACGGGAGUUUCCAAGACUGCUCAUUACCCUGUCAUUUCUAGUGCCUUAGGAAGGCAGUCCUGGAGAAGCCCUCUUUUUGCUCCCCUCCCCAUCUUGCCCGGCAGUACCAAUCACCCUAUCUUACCUCCGCCCUCAUUUUUCCUGUUUCAGAGCCAGUGGCAGCUGUGCUGUUUCCCCACUUAACUGCCUCACACCUGCCGCCUAGUAGCAAGACAUGACCCCAUCCCUCGUUAUUAGGAAGGGAGCUUCUGCCCCCACAUCUUCACAGUCCUCACUCCUGGGCCAAGGGGAAGGCCCCCUCCCAUCUGAGGCCACCUCCUCCUCUCAUGUUUUCAUCCAUUCCUCUUCCACCUUUCCUGGGCCCUUCCUCCACAACGUUACCUCUUUUCCUCUGUCUCAUUCCCUCCCUUUCUUCAGAGUCUUCCUCUUUAGCAAUGCCCCAGUCUUCCUUGGACUGAAAAGAAAGACUCCCCCAGCCUGGAUGCUCCCAACUGAGCACCCCCUAAGCAAGGACUGUCGAGCAGUCCUUGCUGCUUAUAUUUCCUCCCCACUCCUUACUCCUUCACUCGUGGUCAGCUUUUCAGGCUACACUGGACUCUUAAGAAGCCGCUACAGUCUCACAAUGGCUGAAUAUGAUGAUUUAUUUUCAGCCUUCAUUUUGCUUAAUCUCUCCCUUCUUGAAAUUUUUCCUUUGGUAGAUGGAACUUGCUUUUCCUCCAGAGAAUUCCUUUUCCUGAUGUAGACUGAUUUCCAAACAGUUUUUCUUCAGGUCUCUUUUCCUAUUUUUUCUGAGAAUUUGAAAAUGUUCAAGCAUCCAGAAAAAGUUGAAAAGCUAGUACAAUGAAUACCCACAUAUACCCUCCACCUAAACAGUUGUUAACAUUUUUGCCAUAUUUAUUUUUCUUCCCUCCACCCCAAACAUGCAUGGCAUUUCAUCCCUAAAGUAUUUCAGCAUGUUUAUCCCAAUAGCCUCUAAGACAGAUUCCUUAAUUGAAAUUCCCUAACUGUCCCAAGAGUGUCUUUUUCUCUUUUCUAAAAAACAGGGCCCAGUUAAGAUUCACACAUUACUUUUGAUUAUAACCCUAGUCUCUUUUAGUCUAGAACAGCCCCCUUACUAUUUUUUUUCAUGACAUUUACUUUUUAAAAAGUCCCGGCCAUCUUAUGUAUGUCUUAUAGACGUCCUGUAUUCUGGAUUUAUCUGAUUGUUUCCUUAGGCCAAUUUAUGUACCCAAUCUUGGUUCAUGUACCCGUAGAGGUACAAUAAUCACCUCUGUGCCAGCGACUCCUGACUACCUCCAGCCUUUAGUGUUCUUCCGGGUCUGUCCUUCAUGGCCAGUCCCCUGCAGCAUGUCUCCACCUCUACUUGCAUAUCUUGCCACAGGAGAUGGUAGGGGUAAUUCUAUUCAACUCUGCAUCUCCACCCCCCUGACCCAAUAACUAAUAACUACUGGGCUCUUAAAAUGUAUCAGGUACAUUUACAUGUAUUAUCUCACUUUAUUUCCACAGCAGCUCCUUGGGGGGCGGGUAUUAAUACUAUGCCCAUUUUACAGCUAAGGAAACAGAGAGGGGUUAAGUGGCUUGUAUGAGAUUAAAGCUGGUAAGUAGUUGAGUCGGGUUCCAAAUACGGUCUCUACCUGCAGAUGCCAUGCUCCCAGCUGCUGUACUGUCGGCCUUGUUACUCAGUCACCGGAGCUGACACCUGUUUCCUUCCUAACUCCAACUCCAGGUAGCACCAUCAGUGACAUUAACAUGUACUGAGCACUCACCAUGCCAGAGCUGUGCUACAAUGCUUCACAAGAAUAACUGCCUCUGCCUACUAUGCAGCAACCCCAUGAUAUAAUUACUCUUACACCCAUUUUGUAGAGGAGAAGAGACAGGCUCAGGGGAACUAAGUAAUGAAGCGGCAGAGUGGGAUUUGAGCACCAGUCUCACUGAAUCCUAGGCCCCUGAUCUAUUGAGUCUAUUUCUACAAAGUAUCACAGCUGUCUUCCUUCUGAUGCCACCUGCUCAGCUCAGGCCCCAUUUAUCAUUCAUCUGGGAUUCAUCUUCCCAUCCUUGUCUUCCCACACUGUCCCCUACUUGGCCAAAGGAACUGUCCUAAGCUGACAUUGACUGUAUCACAUUUCCUGCUCAAAGGACCCCCAAGAUCACCCAUCAUCUACAAGCUCUAGCUUUGUGGCUUGACGUUCAAGUCUCCUCUACCCCUGUACCAGUCUUAUCUGUCCCUUCCCUUACACAUGCUGUAUGCUUUGGCCAAACUGGACUCCUCGUUCUUCUGACAUGCCCUGGUCUUGGCACCUCUGUGCCUGUUCGCCUUUCCUCCACUUAAAAAAGCCCCUUCAAUUUCUAAGUAUGAAAAAUCCCGCCCAUUUUCUAAGACCUAGCUCAAAUUCGACUGCCUACAUGAAGCUUUCCUGGAUUCCUCAUCAUUCAGAGAUGAUUCUUUACUUCUCUGGACUCUCAGCAUUUUGUAUCUCAAAACCCUUAUAAAGGCCAUCUGGCGUGUGGCUCUGUGGGUUCCUGUCUUACCUCCCUUGCCUGAGCCCUUGGGAGUAAGGAUGGAGUUCACUCAUCCUUCUGCUCCCACAGUGACUUGCCUGUAACAGCUGCUCAAUAAGUAUUUGAGGCAUUGAACUCAAUGUCUUUAAGAUUUUCACAAGUCUUCUCAAAUUAUUAAUAUAAUUAUUCAUUUAUCUUUAAUCCUCUAAGUAGAAUUCCUAACAAAAAAAUAGCCUAAAAGGAAGCAGCAGUAAAUUUUAAAAAGCUGUUUAGUCAAUAAAGAUUUAAUAAGUGUCAGUUAUUGGGCUGUUUGGUUUGAAUCCAAUCACCUAGUAUGUCAUUAUCAGGAACACUUUUCUUAAAAUUAUUUUCUUUACUACACAAUUAAUAAAAAUGCAAUGCCCCACUCUACGAAGAAAAGCUGAAAAAAAUCCCCCAAAGUCCUGUCACCUUAGACUGCUAUUAACAUUUUAAUGUAUUUUAUUCUUUUGUCUCUUGCAAUUUUUGUAUUACUCUAAUAAUAGUAUGAUUUUUCUUUUAAGUAUUGAAAUUUAACUUCUUCAUGUGGAUUUAUAAGUUGGGUUAUAAGAUUUGAAUCUGGACUUUUUGGAAGAAAAAAAAAAAAAACUUCUACAAAUGUCACUCUUCAGUUUCACCAACUGUUAGAACCACUAAAAUAAGCAAAGAUUGACUUUCAGAAUCUUAACCUCUCCUUCAAAAUAGAUGGCUAAUGGGAGCACCAGUAGCCUGUUCAGGGGAUGGGGAAAGCAAUUAGCCUGACUGAUGACUUACCACUGGUUGUGGGAGUUAUACACUUUUUACACUUCUGCAUUGCUAUAACUUUUCUAUAUCAAGCAUAAAUUACCUUUAUAAUUAAAAAUAAAGUUACUUACCUCUUGCAAAUGGAAAAUCCUUA